UCAUACACGGAUACCUCUGUCGUUGACGGUGUAAUUCAUCGAAGUCGGAUUCGAAAAUUCUCAAGGAUGGACGCACUGGUUCGUAUUAGUUCGAAUGUGAAGAGUAUGGAGAGAGAGCUGCACUGCCCCGUGUGUAAGGAGAUUGUGAAGCAGCCCGUGGUGCUGCCAUGUCAACACAGUGUCUGCCUGAUGUGUGCCUCCGAGGUCCUGGUUCAAAAUGGCUACCCUCCCCCCGAGCUGCCUCCAGAGCCCAACUCACCUGCCUCCACGCCCAACACCCGCUCCCCUCGCCAGGCACGCAGGCCCAUGCCCAAGGCUGAGCAGAGGCCCAUCGAUCGCGUUCUGCGAGCUGGGUACGGGACGUAUCCUGGGCGGCGGCGUAAGGAGGGCCCUCCCCUGGUCAUGAUGUUUCCCUGCAUCCCCUGUGGGAGAGACGUGGAGCUGGGGGAGAAGGGCCUGACGGACUGCCUGCGCAACCUCACCCUGGAGAGAAUAGUGGAGAGGUACAGACACACGGUCAGUCUGGGCAGUGUAGCAGUGAUGUGUCAGUUCUGCAAGCCGCCCCAGGCCCUGGAGGCCACUAAGGGCUGUGCUGACUGCAGGGCCAGCUUCUGUAACGAGUGCUUCAAGCUCUACCACCCCUGGGGGACGCCCCGGGCCCAGCACGAACACGUCCAGCCCACUCUCAACUUCAGGCCCAAGGUUCUGACUUGCCCUGAGCACGACCAGGAGCGUCUCCAGUUCUACUGUAAGUCCUGCCAGCGGCUGCUCUGCCCGCUCUGCAAGCUGCGCCGUGCCCACGCGGGACACAAGGUCAUGCCUGUCGCCCAGGCCUACCAGACACUCAAGGAUAAGAUUACCAAGGAGAUUAACUACAUUCUGGCCAACCAGGAGACAGUGCUGGCCCAGAUCACCCAGCUGGAGAGUGCCACCACUCAGAUGGAGGUGAACAGCGUUGCUGCCCGUGAGCAGCUCACUCAGAGCGUCAGGGACCUGACGGCUGCUCUGGCGGAACGCCACGCCUUAUUGGCCCAGGCCCUGGAGGGGGCGCGGCAGAGGAGGGGUGAAGCGUUGGCGGGCCAGGUGGAUGAGAGGCGGAGCCUGAUGGAGAACGCGGGGCUCAUGGCCUUCUCUCAAGAGCUGCUGAAGGAGACAGACCCUUCCUGUUUCGUUCAGGCCGCUCGCCAGACUCACAACAGGUUAUCAAAGUCCAUCGAGGGGAUGCAGUGUUUUUCUCUGGUUGCUGAUCCCUCCUUCAGACACUUCCAGCUGGACGUCUCCAAGGAGCUCAAAUUGCUCAAAGAGCUGCAGUUUACCCAAGCCCCGCUGGCUCCAGUGAUCGACACCCAGCGCACGCUGGCCUACGACCAGCUGUUCCUGUGCUGGCGGCUUCCCCAGGAGUCCGCCCCUGCCUGGCACUUCUCCGUGGAGUACCGUCGCCGGGGGGUGGUGCCGGGGGGCGGGGCCAGGGGUGGGGUGCGGGGGGGAUUGGCCGCUGCCCGCUGGGGCUGGCAGCGCCUGGAGGAAGUGGGCGGGACGAGUGCAGUGAUUGACAGGCUGGAGAUGGACAGCGUGUAUGUGCUGAGGGUGAGAGGCUGCAACAAGGCGGGCUUCGGGGAGUACAGCGAGGAGGUGUACUUACACACACCGCCCGCACCAGUGCUAAACUUCUACCUGGACUCUCGCUGGGGUCUCCAUGCCGACCGUCUGGUGGUCAGCAAGGAGCAGCGCGGCGCCCGGAGCGUCCCCGGACUCUCCCUGCUCCAGGCCGCUGACCGCGCCCUCACUUCCUGUCACCUGACUGCCGACCUCCUGGUGGGGGACGUGGCCAUAACGCAGGGUCGCCACUACUGGGCAUGCUCAGUGGAGCCUGGGUCUUACCUCGUCAAGGUGGGGGUUGGCCUGGAGGCCAAACUCCAGGAGUGGUUCCACCUUCCCCAAGAUAUGGCCAGUCCUCGCUAUGACCCAGACAGCGGCCAUGACAGUGGGGCGGAGGACGCCCUGGACUCCCCUCCUCCCUUCUCCUUCCUCACCAUGGGAAUGGGGAAGAUUUACCUGCCCCAGCACUCUAAUCAUCACCAUGCCAACGGUACCCGCGACCCUGUUACCAACGGCAACAGCCCCUCCUCUCCCGGCGGGCUCACCUACCCCCUGCCCCCCAGGCUCGGGGUGUGCCUUGACUUCGAGAAGGGGCGUGUCACUUUCUACGAUGCCCACUCACUCCGCCCUCUGUGGGACGGGCCUGUGGAUUGCUCCGGCCCGGUUUGUCCAGCUUUCUGUUUCAUUGGUGGAGGGGCUCUGCAAUUACAAGAGCUGGUGGCCAAUCGGAAUGCAGAUCCGACACCGGUCAGGAGGGUUACCAUCCAAUCCCGAGUCACUAAAAUGAAUAAAUAAUCUGAGGUGAUUGAAUGUCAAAUGAAUCGCAAACUAUUUAGUCAGCUACAGCGACACACCUCAGAUGUUUUGUUUUGUAUUUAAUUUGUAUAAGAAAAAUACUUUUUAUUGCUACCAAUAUGCAAAUGUUAUUAAGUUUUGUUACAUUUUUUGUUCACAUCUUUUUGCCCAGUAAUAAUAAAACGCUAAUGUAGGGGCUUGCAAAUUACACAUAACUAGUUAAUAUGUUAUUAUAUCUUUGACGCUUGCUCUAUUUAAUACGUGUUGUUGUAUACAUUUAUAGUGUAUACGAUAUGUAUAUAUGCCUUAUGUGAGAGAUGUAGAACAGCAGGUUCACUUCAGGACCUUGUUCAGAGUCCGUGCUUUUUGAUGCUCCUAUGAAGCAGGCCCUGCUGGUUUUCACUGAUGCUCUUGAAAUGAAAAAUGUCUGGACUGUUAGUGAACUCUUCCUCACCUUCACCCUCCUCAGCAUCCCAACCAAAGUAACCAAUACCUAUAUAUUGUAUUGUACACAAGGAUGUAACUGAGUAGAAUUGGAGGUAGAUCAGAGGCAUAAUAUGAGGCAAUAUUGGAAUUAGUAAUCCUUGCUGAACCUCUAUAGCCACUCUAAUAACACUGCUUAUUAGUGUGUUUAUGCAUUGCUGUUAUUCUCUGUCCAUGGUUGAAUUGAUGGUGUGUGUGAGCGCGGGCGCACAUGUGUACACAUGAGAGAGAGAGAGCGAGAGAGAGUGCACAUGUGUACACAUGAGAGAGAGAGAGCGAGAGACAGUGCAUAUGUGUACACAUGAGAGAGAGAGAGCGAGUGCACAUGUGGACACAUGAAAGAGAGAGAGCGAGUGCACAUGUGUCUGUAGCUGCACAUGAUACUGAUAAUCAUACUUAUACCUGUUGGCUGAUGUUAAUGAUUGCUUUGGCGUACACAAAGAAUAUUUUUUAAUUCAUUUCAGAUGUCUUGAUUAUAAGUUCAUGAGCUGUGCUUGUUAUUAUUGGCUAGAAUUUACCUGCUGGCAGAAUGUUUGCAAAACAAAAAGGAUUGAUGACUUGAAAGUUAAAUAAAGGCAAAUUCUUUUAAGCUACAAGAUGU